GAAGAACUGUUAGCUGGUGAAGAGGUUGCUACUUGUCCAAGUUGUUCAUUAAUAAUAAAAGUUAUUUACGACCCGGAUAUCUUUGAGAAGGAACAGGAAGAAAUCAAAGGACUUUCUGAUGGUCUAAAAAGGCUUGAACUUACAAAAUGAGUCGGGGCGGUAGAGGAGGUAGGGGUGGACGGGGUGGCGUUACAAAAUCAUUUAAUAGGGAACAAUUAAAUAGUCUGGGUGUUGGAACCAAUGAAUCAACACCAGGGUUGGUAACUCAACCACCUCCUCUAUAUCCCUUGCUAGAUAAAAGACCUGUACCUUUACCUAAAUCAGUUGAAUUAGAAUAUUUGCUUAUUUUAAAACAAGAUUUUAUUGACCACAUGCAGUUGUCUUCAUCAUAUUUAAAGAUGCCUCAAACACAAUCAAAUGAAAAUGAACUGAUAGCUCAGGUCCCCAAAGAAAAAUAUAAUUGGUCAUUGUUCCCCUCUGAACUGAGACCAAAAAUGUUGGCUAAAAAGGCAGGCACCCAGAAGGUUAUUAAAAAUAUUAAUAUUAAUGAUAGGUUAACGGCAUUAGAAAAGAUGGAAGCAAAAUCUGGUGAUAUUGACAUAACAAAGAGCAAGGAGACCGAUGAUCUUGAUGAUGAAGAAAUGAUGGAUGAAGAUCCAGAUGAAGAAAUGGAUGAUGGCACCGAUUAUGCUAAAAAUUACUUUGAUAAUGGGGAAGAUUAUGAAGAUGAAGAUGACAACUUGGAUGAUGGUCCUAGUUACUAACUCCUAUGUAAAAAAUUAAAUUAUUUUGUAAAUAUACAAUAUAUUUUAUAAAUUUAAUAAAAGUAAUAAAACGAAAAUUAGUAUUAA